UAUUUUUGUAUAUUUAUCUUAAAUGACUAAAUUUAAAGAUGACAUUAAAAAAAUGAAUAUCAGUAAUAAAGAUCUUAUAGAUCAAUCAUUUGAUCCUAUAAGGAAACAUCGAAAAUAUGAUGAAUCUAAUCAAUUCUUAAUUGUUCCUACCAAAAAAUCAAGUAAACCUAAAAACAAAAAGGAUAAUCUUAUUUUUAAGAAACAGCUAAGUAAAACAAAGCUAAAAAAAUUGAAUAAAUUAAAAGAACAAAAAAUAAAACGAAUUAAAAGAAAAGAAAGCUUAGGCUUAUUGAAUGAAUCUAUAAUCUCCAAGGAGGAGAGAAAACUAAUCCAGUCAACUAGCCAUGUUCAAACAUCUGGAAAACGGAAAGCAUUCAUUGAAAAAAUACCUUAUAACAAUGAUUGUCAAAAAAUUGAAAUUUUCCAUGAUGACACUAAUUCAGACAGCAAUAAAAUUAAUGAAAUAGAUCAUAUAGAAUCUAAUGGUGUUGGAAUAAUCAUUGAUAAAGAUUUCAGUGUGGAAAACAUUGAUCAGAAUAAUUCUAAUGUAAAUGCAGAUAAAUUCAAUAAUUCAAAAAAUAAUAAUACAUUAAUGGACAUAUCACCAAAUAAAUCAACUCCUUCCUUAUCCACCCUUAUUAUAAAAAAAGUUAACAAAUUAGCUAAACCUCUGUCUUCUACCAAAUUAUCAGUAAUGAAAUUCAAAAAAGUUAUCAAAGUUGUAAGAGACCCUAAGAUACAAGCUGAAAGAGAAAAUCUGCCUAUACUUGGAGAAGAAUAUCAAAUAAUGGAAAAAAUAAAUGACCAUCCUAUUGUAAUAAUUUGUGGAGAGACUGGUUGUGGCAAAACUACUCAAAUACCUCAAUUUUUGUAUGAAGCUGGGUUUUGCGAAGAGCGAAGGAUAGGGAUAACCGAACCUAGGAGGGUUGCUGCUGUCACAAUCUCUCAAAGGGUUGCUAUAGAGAUGAAGCCACCUAAAGGCCAGAUUAAAAGACUUAAGACAACUAAAAAUGGCGAAAACCGAAAUGAUACAACAAAUUCUUCUGCCGUAGCUUAUCAAAUAAGAUUCGAAGGUAAUGUCACUCCCGCCACGAAAAUAAAGUUCAUGACUGAUGGAGUUCUUAUGAAGGAGAUCCAAAACGAUUUCAUGUUAACCGAUUAUUCGGCUAUUGUCAUAGAUGAAGCCCACGAGAGAAGCGUGUGCACUGACAUACUAAUCGGACUUUUAUCCCGAAUAGUUCCAUUGAGACAUAAAAGAAACGCGCCGCUCAAACUUAUCAUCAUGUCCGCUACUUUGAGAAUAAAAGAUUUCACCGAAAAUCAAAAAUUAUUUAAGGGUUAUGUACCAGUAAUCAAAAUCCCAUCUAAAAAGCAUCCCGUAACGAUACAUUACAAUAUAUCGACACCUAUGAACGAUUACGUCCAAGAAGCUUACCGAAAAGUCUGUAAAAUUCACAAUCGUUUACCCCCAGGAGAUAUCUUAGUAUUUUUAACGGGGCGCGCCGAAAUUAUGAACCUGUGCAAAGCUCUGGAUGCCACAUUUCCUACCAAUUCUCUAGUACCUCUGCCCCUUUACUCUCUCCUUCCUACCAACCAACAAAACCUAGUAUUCAAUUUUCAUAAUCGUCGCGUUACUAAAAAGGAUUCAACCAAUGAUUGCAAUAAUAAACCACAAAUGGAUAAGGACUCUUCCACUAAAACCAACAAAGUUCACAAAAAUUUAAAUAAAAAUGUUAGCGAAACACCACGCCUUUGUGUAGUGGCGACUAACGUUGCCGAAACAUCUAUAACCGUCCCAGGCGUGAGAUACGUAAUCGACUGUGGGCGAGUCAAAAAAUUUUCCCAUAAUGGCGGAUCGAAUAUAGAAGAUAGAGGAGUGGAUAAUGGACGAAAAGAAGAGAGAAUCAACGUAGGAAGGAGUAGCGUGGAGUGGAUAUCGAAGGCUUCGGCUGACCAGAGGGCCGGGCGAUGCGGAAGGACCGGACCUGGAGGACAUUGUUACAGGUUAUAUUCUUCUGCCGUGUUUAACGACCAAUUCUCAACCUUUUCGUGCCCCGAAAUCAUGGAAAAACCGAUCGAAGAUGUUGUCUUGCAAAUGAAGCUGUUGAAUAUAGACAGGAUAGAAAAUUUUCCUUUCCCUACUCCACCCCCGCUUUUAGCCUUGAGGAGGGCGGAAGCGUUGCUGUGCGCCUUAGGACUUUUGGAGCCUUUUGCGGGCGAAGUGGAUGAACGAGAAGUGGCUAAAGUAGAUUUCUGUGAUCGGGUCAACGUGACAGGGUGCCUAUACAAUUACCUGCCCGGGAUCGGCAAACAAACGGAUCCAUUGAUACUUUGUCUCACUGAUUUAGGCCGGUUAGUAGCUAACGUUCCCCUUAAUCCGAGGCAGGGUAAACUACUAGCCCUGAUUUUAACAGACAAAACCUUUCCCGCCACUUUGAUGCCUUUCGCGUUAACGAUCGCCGCUUCUACUACUAUCAGGGAACUUUUUAUCGCGGGUGAUGAUCGAAAUAACUCAAUUUUAAACGCCAUAAAAAAUUCUUGGGCCGGGAUAACCGAUAAUAAGGAUUUAUCGGGAGAUAAAAAUAGUGACGACAAGCGAGUUAUCAGUCAAGAUCAAUUUUUAUUGGGCGAUAUGAUAGUGAAUCUCAGAGCCGUAGGGGCAUCCGAUUAUAUCAGGAGCGAGACUUUAAUGAAUGGCACACCACGAGGAAAAGGUUUAGACGAUUUUUGCCAGAAAUAUCUGGUGAGACGCAAAGCCCUGGACGAGAUCUACAAAUUAAGGCGCCAGAUUUAUCGCGUCGUCGCAUUGAAAAGGGACUUGGAGACUAACGGUGAUGUUUUGACGGAAGAAAGGGAAUGCGUCGAUGAUUUGGAAGAUAAUUAUGACAACGAUGAAAAUAAAGUUAAAAAUCCGGACCCAAACAAGGAAAAGAUUAUAAUCGAUAAAGACUUUCUCAUGACCCAACCACCUUCCCAAAAACAGAUGAAAGCAUUGCGCAAAUUGAUUCUAGCUUGUGCGGGCUUUAACAUUGCCAAAAGGAUAGACCUGUCCCCCGAAGACCAUGAAAGAUUAUUCGGGAAAAGAGUCGGCAGAAAGGCAUUCAAGAGUUAUUAUCAGUGCCUCACAGAAGGUUCAGCCACCUCUAACUCUCCCCCCAUUCCCGCCUUCAUUCAACCAUCUUCCGUCAUGUUUCGAUCUUGCCCGGAUUACAUUGUUUAUCAAGAAUCCUACCUAUCCAAACCUUUUUCAACCCUCGGGGAUUCCGCGGUAGAGACAUCGCCUAGCCAUUCCACUUUGAAUCUGAAUCGCAAUAUACACCUCAAAACUAUCACCGCUGUUCAACCCCAAUGGUUACCCGUUUACAUGCCACAACUGUGCCAUUUCGAUAUUCAUCGCGCGAAUUGCACUUUAGACGAUAUCACCAACGAUAACUCGGAAAAGUCCCACGAAGUUGGCCAUACCAAUCACGUGUAUUACGAUCCCUCGACAGGUAAAGUUAAGUGUAGGGCAUCCUGCCUUUUUGGCCCCCAUAAAUGGGAUAUUGGUUUUGGUGUCACUGAGUUUCCUUAUACGACGGAAAAGUUCAGGCAUUUUGCCAAAUUUUUCUUAGAAGGUCAGCUCUUUUCUUGCCUGAAAAUAUACGUGGAUCAUCUCUUGUUAACCCCUUCCACGAUGCUGAAGACCUGGGCCAAAUUGCAAACCAAAACACAGACUAUACUGAAAGCUUUGAUCGAAGCCGACAUCCACGAUAAAUCGGCUUUGGUAAGCGUUUGGACUAGCGGGAAUUCCAACUUUUUAUUAAAUCAAUACUUGGAAUGGUUACCCGAAAGCCUGCAUUCUCAAGUAACACAGUUAUGGCCACCUUACAAGACCUGAAAAUGCAUAAUAACGCCGAAUCAAUAGAUGAUCUAGGAAAAUCAUAAUCGUUAACCACUUAAAUCGUCUUAUUUAUUUUCGCGUACAUGUUAUUUAAUUAUAAAAUGAAUAUAUAAAAAAUGCGAAAUAUCUAAUUU